AAGCAUGUAGUGCACCGAACAAAAGAAUGAUGCCGUCAACAUUCCUUCGCUUUGGUCUACGCAGAAGGAAAAAGCAAUACUCAUAAAGUUGGGAGUUGCGAAGUUAGGUCUCCAAAAAUGGUAUCGACGGAGGGAUUGGUGCCGAUCACAAGGGCCUUUCUCGCCUCUUACUACGACAAGUAUCCCUUCAAUCCGCUCUCUCCCGACGUCUCCCGUCUCUCCGAUCUGAUUUACGCCGCGGCCACCGAUCUUCUCAAGGACUCCCCGCCUUCCCAAGGAGAGCGCUUGCUGAUUCAGGAAGCUGAAAGCGAACCUCCGCAUAAAGUUGAUGAAAACAUGUGGAAGAAUCGGGAACAGAUUGAAGAAAUUGUUUAUUUGUUGGAAGCCCCUCGCUGGCCUACAGCGCUUCAGCUACAAGCAACUGUUGAGGAUCAGGAACUUGCUUCUCUUCUUCCCAGAAUUCAAGACAAGUUCAAGUCUACUCUCAGCACCCUCGAAGCUUUCCAAGCCAGAAAUUCGGACUUCGUAUUCAACACAGUUAUGACGUACAUGCCGCAAGAUUUUAGGGGUACUAUAAUCAGGCAGCAGAAAGAGCGAUCCGAGAGAAACAAACAGGCUGCUGUUGAUGCUUUGAUCACCUCUGGUGGAAGCAUACGUGAUAAAUAUGCUAUGCUGUGGAAACAGCAGAUGGAAAGGAGGAGGCAGUUAGCCGAUCUUGGUUCUGCAACUGGUGUUUAUAAAACGCUUAUGAAGUACUUGGUUGGAGUACCUGAAGUUUUGAUGGACUUUGUGAGGCAAAUAAACGAUGAUCAAGGGCCCAUGGAGGAGCAGCGACAACGAUAUGGACCGCCUCUUUAUAGUCUUACAAGAAUGGUGCAUAAUAUUAGACUGCUCCUUUCUCUGCUUUGGGAGCGUUGUGAAACUAGAAAAUUGCAGAAAGAUCAAAUUUCUAUUUUGGAAGAAGCAGCUAACGUCUAUACUUCUGAGUUGGAAACCUUUUUGAAAUUUAUUGGGGAAGUUUUCUCAAACUCCCCCUUUUUUAUCACGGCAGAAGAUGCUGGUGCAUUAGCAGCUAGGAAACAUGAUGACUACAAGGAAAUAAGCGUACCCGCAGGGGAAACUCACGAGGUGACUUUAACCGUGGAGUCCAUAAAUUCAUACAUUGCUUGGGAUUUUUCAGUGGUGCAGGGCAAAUUGAGUCAGGACAUUGGGUUCAGUGUAGAAUGCAUUGAUCUCUCUGGGAGAAAAACUUUGAUCUUGCCUUAUCGGCGUUAUGAAGCUGAUCAAGGUAACUUCUGCACAUGUGUGUCCGGAGACUACAAGCUUAUAUGGGAUAAUUCAUUUUCAAGUUUCUUUAAAAAGGUCAUACGAUACAAGGUGGACUGUAUUCCUCCAGUUGUACCUGCUGCGGAUCAGUAGACGUAAAUGCUAGUUCUUUUCAUCAAUGUGUUUCUUGGGCCGGGACAUGUGCUUUAGCUUACGAAGUUGUAAUUUAACAGUUUGUGAAUCACCCCUCAUCCAUCUAAAUUAUAAACCUUCUUUGUUUUGUAUCAGUUAUUUGACCCUCAUGGGUGGUUCAUGGUUAAAAAGUUGUGUAUACAUGAAAAGAUUCAUGAUUGGCUUCUACAUACUAAGUUGUUUACUGUAAA